GAGUCAAAUAAAUCCUUUUUUAAGGGAAGAGAGAAGGAUUGUUGGCUUUUGCUUUUGUCGUUUUUGCAGCUAAAGAAAAUGGAGAGUAAGGAGGAAGUUAUUUCUGUUGAGCUUCCAGCACCUGCUUCCUGGAAGAAGAUGUUUUUCCCCAAGAAAGUUGAUUCACCAAGGAAGACUGAGAUCAUGUUCAUUGCACCAACUGGGGAGGAGAUUAAUAACAGGAAACAGUUGGAGCAGUAUCUAAAAUCACACCCUGGGAAUCCUUCGAUAGCGGAGUUUGAUUGGGGUAGUGGUGAGACCCCCAGAAGAUCAACGAGGAUCAGUGAAAAGACCAAGGCUACUCCAACACCAGAGAAGGAACCCUCAAAGAAGCGUGGCCGAAAAUCAUCAAGUGCAAAGAAGGAACACAAGGAAACAGAGGCUGUUCCUGAAAAAUCUGAGGGUGAGAAAGAAAGUGGAAAGGAAGGUGCACAAAUCACUGAGAAGGAAACCUCGGAAAGUGAAAAAGGAAAAUGUACUUUCACUGAAAAUCAGGUUGACAAUGGAGGUAAAACAGAAGUGACUGACCAGACUGGUCACACUGAUGUCAAGAUGGAUGAAGUUGAGCAAGAAGUUGAUAAAGAUGUUCAAAUACUGCAAACUGCAGAGGUUGACAAAAAAGAAGAGGCUGCUGGUGUCGAAGAAACCCCAACUCCAAUUGCAGUUCAAGAGAAAUCUGCAGAAGCUAGUUACACUGAUGAAACUCAAACUGAAAAAGAAAAGAGGGAAGUCCCUAUUGAAAAGGAACAACAAACUCAGGAAGAGAGAGAGAAGGAUUCGCAAGUAAAACAAUCAGAAACACCAGAAACUGUGACAUUGGAAGGUAAUGGAACAAUACCUGUAACUGAGGGAGAGCCCAAGGAGAAGCAAGCUGUAGACGAGAUUGUUGGCAAGUGUAAUGCUGAGGUAGAGGAGAAAGGCGAGGCAGUAGUUGCCAAGGUGAUUGAAAAUGGUAAUGUUAAACUAAAUGAGCAAACUGAUGCUCAACAAGCUCCGGUACCUGCUCCUGUAAGCUGCUAAAUGUACCAUCUGAUUACUGACCUAGCCUGUUUGUACUGCACUCUUUAUCUAUUCGCCUGUGUAACCUCUACAAUUCCGUGGAUGACUGUAACAUUAAUGUUGGUGCUAGUUUCGAUUGUACGUAGGGGAAUAAAUCCAACCUGUAUCCUUGUAAGAAGUAGGUUUUGAACAUCGCAGCUUUUUAUUAUCAAAAACUUAGAUUGUAGGCACAUGGAACUCUAAACUUUUGGUUAGAUGCUCAAGUUUCAAA